UACUACUAGUAGGUAUGGAAUUUGGAUCAAAGGGCAGUCAAGGCCAGAUAACUUUGAAAAAAGAGAACUAGGAGAAAUGGCCCAACCAAUUGAACCCAAACACCAACCCGAUCCAUCUUCGUCGCCACCGCCACCACUUCACCGGAGCGACGCCGAUGACGAUGACGAGAACGUCAAGCAGCUAAGAGAAUGCUCUUCUCUAUACCUCUCACUACAGGAUUGUCUCGUUGAGAGCAACAGGAACUGGAAAUCUUGCCAAAAGGAAGUUCAAGCUCUGAAGGCAUGCAAUGAGAUGAGAAGGAAGAUUGAAAAAAAUAAGUGAUUAGUUGAAGAUUUUUGCAUUCAGAACUCAGAAUUUAUUUACCUGAAAUCUUCCCGCAGCUGUCAUUUUCUCUUUUUUAUUAGAGAUUCCAAUUGUUUUAGACUUUUAUAUUUCUCGCUUAAGAAUUCAAUCUAAAAGGAGCCAGAAAGAGGAAUAAUCUUUCGGAUGGUA